AUGAGGACUCAGUUAUACAUCUUCCGUGAAGCCUGCCCAGUCUGUUUUGGAAGAAGGAAUGUGAACCCGUCCUCUUCUGAGAAUAUCAGGAGGUUAGAGCAGUUUCUGCUUGAAGAAUGGUACAACAUCGCACUUACCGUCAUGCAGAACUUGUAUAUGUCCAUUUCAAGGAGGGUUGAAGCUGUUUUAACUGCCAAAGCCUCAUCAGAAACAUCUGAAGAUUCUUCCUCGUCCUCAUCAGAAACAUAUGAAGACUCUUUCUCGUCCUCAUCAGAAUCAAAACAAGAUUCUUCCUCAUCUUCAUCAGAAUCCAAAGAAGAAUCUUCCUCGUCUUCAUCAGAAUCAAAAGAAGAAUCUUUUAAGUUUUCCUCAGAAUCAGUAGAAAAUUCUUUCUCGUCUUCAUCACAAUCAAAUGAAGAUUAUUCAUCAGAAUCAAGACAAGAAUCUUCCUCGUCUUCCUCUGAAUCUAAAGAAACGUCUUCCUCAGAAUCAACAAAAGGAUCAUCUUCAUCAUCAACUGGAAGCCCUUUCUCAGUCAAAACAAACUCCUUCAUCAGAUUCAGAGGAAAAUAUUCUUCAUCUUCAGAAUCCAAGGAAGAAUAUUCUUCAUCUUCUUCAGGAUCAAAAGAAGCUUCAACUUCCUCAUCAUCGGAAUCAAAAAAAGAACUUCUAUCUUUUUCUUCAGAAUCAAAAGAAGUAUCGUUCUCGUCAUCAUCUGAUUCAAGUAAAUAUCCUUCAACAGGAUCCAAAGAUGGGUCAUUCACAUCUUCCUCAGAAUCAAAUGAUGGUGCUUACUCGUCCUCAUUAGAAUCAAAAGAAAGUACUUACUCUUCCAAAUCAAAAUCAAAACUAGAAUCUUCCUCGUCUUCUUCAGAAUCAAGAGAAAGUUCUUUCUCAUCUUCUUCACAAUCAACUAACCCUUAUUCAUCAGAAGGAGAAGAAGAAUAUUCUGCGUCUUCUUCAACUGCUUUAGGAUCAACAGAAGGCUCUUUCUCUUCAGAGUCAAAAGAAGAUUCUUCAUUCGUAUCAGGAGAAGCAUCUGAAAGUUCCUCUUCGGAUUCAUCAGAAGCAUCUGAAAAUUCAUCCUCACCUUCCUCAGUAGCAUCUAAAGAUACUUCAUCGACUUCAUCAGACGUAUCUGAAAAUUCUUCCUCGACUUCAAUAGACGCGUCUGAAGAUUUUGCCUCCGCUUCAUCAGAAACAUCCGAAAAUUCUUCCUCGGCUUUAUCAGAAGCAUCUGAAAAUUCUUCGUCGACUUCAUCACAAGCAUCUGAAAAUUCUUCGUCUACUUCUUCAGCAGCAUCUGUAGAUUCUUCCUCGGAAUCAUCAGAAGCAUCUGAAAAUUCUUCCUCGAUUUCAUCAGAAGCAUCUGAAAAUUCUUCGUCGAUUUCAUCAGAAGAAUCUGAAGAUUCUUCGUCGACUUCUUCGGCAGCAUUUGGAGAUUCCUCCUCGACGACAUCAGAAUCAUAUGUAGAUUCUUCCUCGGAAUCAUCAGAAGCAUCUGAAAAUUCUUCCUCGGCUGCAUCAGAAGCAUCUGAAAAUUCAUCAUCGACAUCUUCAGUAGCAUCUAAAGAUAAUAACUCGACUUCUUCAGACGCAUCUCAAGACUCUUCCUCUACUUCAUCAGAAGCAUUUGAAAAUUCUUCGUUGACUUCAGAAGCAUCCGCACAUUACCCCUCGACUUCAUCAGAAGCAUCUGAAAAUUCAUCCUCUGCUUCAUCGGAAGCGUCUGAAGAUUCUUACCCCGCUUCAUCAGAAGCCUCUAAAAAUUCUUCCUCUGCUUCAUCAGAAGUAUCUGUAGAUUCUUCCUCAGGAUCAUCAGAAUCGUCAGAAAAUUCAGCCUCGGCUUCAUCAGAAGUGUCUGAAGAUUCUUCUUCCGCUUCAUCAGAAGCAUCUGAAAAUUCUUCCUCAGCGGCAUCAGAAGCAUCUGAAAAUACUUCUUCGUCUUCAUCAAAAGCAUCUGAAGAUUCAUCAUCGACUUCUUCAGUAGCAUCUGAAGAUUCUUCCCCUACUUCUUUAGUAGCAUCUGAAGAUUCAUCCUCUAAAUCUUCAGUAGCAUCUGAAGAUUCUGCGUCUGCUUCAUCAAAAGCUUCUGAAAAUUCUUCUUCGACUUCAUCAGAAUCGUCUGAAAAUGAUUCCUCGCCUUCAUCAGAAGCAUCUGAAUAUUCUUUCUCGGAAUCAUCAGAAGCAUCAGAAAAUUCUUCCUUGGCAUCAUCAGGAGAAUCUGAAGAUUCUUCCACGCCUUCAUCAGAAGAAUCUGAAGAUUCUCCCUCGGCUUCAUCAGAAGUGUCUGAAGAUUCUUCCACGGCUUCAAACGAAACAUCUGAAAAUUCAACCUCGACUUCAUCAGAAGAAUCUGAAAAUUCUUCCAUGUCUUCAUCAGAAGCAUCUGAAAAUUCUUCCAUGUCUUCAUCGGAAGCAUCUGAAAAUUCUUCCAUGUCUUCAUCAGAAGCAUCUCAAAAUUCUACUUCGACUUCAUCAGAAGUAUCUGAAGAUAAUUCCUCGGCUUCAUUAGAAGCAUCUGAAAAUUCAUCCUCUGCUUCAUCAGAAGUGUCUGAAGAUUCUUCCUCAGGUUCAUCGGAAUCUUCAGAAAAUUCAGCUUCGGCUUCAUCAGAAGCAUCUGAAAAUUCUUCCAUGUCUUCAUCAGAAGCAUCUGAAAAUUCUACUUCGACUUCAUCAGAAGCAUCUGAAGAUAAUUCCUCGGCUUCAUCAGAAGCAUCUGAAAAUUCAUCCUCUGCUUCAUCAGAAGUGUCUGAAGAUUCUUCCUCAGGAUCAUCAGAAUCUUCAGAAAAUUCAGCUUCGGCUUCAUCAGACGCAUAUGAAGAUUCUUCCUCGGCUUCAUCAGAAGCAUUGGAAAAUUCUUACUCUGCAUCAUCAGAAGUGUCUGAAGAUUCCUCCUCCGCUUCAUCUGAAGCAACUGAAAAUUCUUCCUCAGCUGCAUCAGAAGCAUCUGAAAAUACUUCUUCAUCUUCAUCAAAAGUAUCUGAAAAUUCAUCAUCGACUUCGUCAGUAGCAUCUGAAGAUUCCUCCUCUACUUCUUCAGUAGUAUCUGAAGAUUCUUGCUCUAAUUCUUCAGUAGCAUCUGAAGUUUCUGCGUCUGCUUCAUCAGACGCCUCUGAAGAUUCUUCAUCUGCUUCAUCAAAAGCAUCUGGGAAUUAUUCCUCGGCUUCAACAGGAAAAUCUGAAAAUUCUUCCUUGGUUUCAUCAGAAACAUCAGAGGCUUCUUCCUCGGCUUCCUCAGAAGCAUCUGAAAAUUCUUCCUCUGCUUCAUCAGAAGCAUCUGAAAAUUCUUCAUCGACUUCUUCAGUAGCAUCUGCAGAUUCUUCCUCGGCUCCAUCAGAAGCAUCUGAAAAUUCUUCCUCGCUUUCACCAGAAGCUUCUGAAAAUUCUUCCUCUACUUCAUCGGAAGAGUCCGAAAAUUCGUCCUCGGCUUCAUUAGGAAAAUCUGAAAAUUCUUCGUCGAAUUCUUCAGUAGCAUCUGAAGAUUCUGUCUCUGCUUCGUCUAAAGCUUCUGAAGAUUCUUCAUCUGCUUCAUCAGAAGCAUCUGAAAAUUCUUCCUCUCCUUCAUCAGAAGCGUCUGAAUAUUCUUACUCCGCUUCAGCAGAAGCAAAGGAAAACUCUUUAUCGCCUUCAUCAGAAGCAUCUGAAAAUUCUUCAACGUCUUCAGCAGAAGCAUCUGAAAAUUCUGACUCGGCUUCAUCAGAAGCAUCUGAAGAUUCUUCCUCUGCUUCAUCACGAGCAUCUGAAAGUUCUUCCUCUCCUUCAUCAGAAGCGUCUGAUUAUUCUUACUCCGCUUCAUCAGAAGCAUCUGAAAAUUCUUCAUCGACUUCUUCAGUAGCGUCUGCAGAUUCUUCCUCUGCUCUAUCAGAAGCAUCUGAAAGUUCUGCCUCUCCUUCAUCAGAAGCGUCUGAUUAUUCUUACUCCGCUUCAUCAGAAGCAUCUGAAAAUUCCUCAUCGGCUUCUUCAGUAGCGUCUGGAGAUUCUUCCUCUGCUCCAUCAGAAGCAUCUGAAAAUUCUUCAUCGGCUUCUUCAGUAGCGUCUAGAGAUUCUUCCUCUGCUCCAUCAGAAGCAUCUGAAAGUUCUUCCUCUCCUUCAUCAGAAGCAUCUGAAGAUUCUUCCUCUGCUUCAUCACGAGCAUCUGAAAGUUCUUCCUCUCCUUCAUCAGAAGCGUCUGAUUAUUCUUACUCCGCUUCAUCAGAAGCAUCUGAAAAUUCUUCAUCGACUUCUUCAGUAGCGUCUGCAGAUUCUUCCUCUGCUCUAUCAGAAGCAUCUGAAAGUUCUUCCUCUGCUCCAUCAGAAGCAUCUGAAAAUUCGUCCUCGCUUUCAUCAGAAGAUUCUGAAAAUUCUUCCUUUACUUCAUCGGAAGAGUCCGAAAAUUCUUCCUCGGCUUCAUUAGGAACCUCUGAAAAUUCUUCGUCGAAUUCUUCAGUUGCAUAUGAAGAUUCUGCCUCUGCUUCGUCAGAGGGUUCUGAAAAAUCUUCUUCGACUUCACCAGAAUCGUCUGAAAAUGAUUCCUCGACUUCAUCAGAGGCAUCUGAAAAUUCAUCCUCUGCUUCAUUAGAAGCGUCUGAAGAUUCUUACUCCGCUUCAACAGAAGCCUCUAAAAAUUCUUCCUCUGCUUCAUCAGAAGUAUCUGUAGAUUCUUCCUCGGGAUCAUCAGAAUAUUCAGAAAAUUCAGCUUCGGCUUCAUCAGAGGCAUCUGAAGAUAAUUCCUCGGCAUCAUCAGAAGUAUCUGAAAAUUCUUCCGCGACAUCAACAGAAACAUCUCCAAAUUCAUCGUCGACUUCAUCAGAAGCAAUUGAAAAUUCUUCUUCGUCUUCAUCAGAAGCAUCUGUAAAUUCUUACUCGGCAUCAUCAGAAGUGUCUGAAGAUUCUUCCUCCGCUUCAUCUGAAGCAUAUGAAAAUUCUUCCUCAGCUGCAUCAGAAGCAUCUGAAAAUUAUUCUUCGUCUUCAUCAAAAGCAUCUGAAAAUUCAACAUCGACUUCUUCAGUACCAACUGAAGAUUCUUCCUCUACUUCUUCAGUAGAAUCUGAAGAUUCUUCCUCUAAUUCUUCAGGAGCAUCUGAAGAUUCUGCAUCUGCUUCAUCAGAAUCUUCUGAAUCUUCGUCGACUUUAUCAGUAGCAUCUGAAAAUUUUUCUUCGACUUCAUCAGAAUCGUCUGAAAACGAUUCCUUGUCUUCAUCAGGUUCAUCUGAAAAUACUUCCUCGCCUUCAUCAGAAGCUUCUGAAAAUUCUUCGUCGACUUUAUCAGUAGCAUCUGAAAAUUCAUUUUCGAUUUCAUCAGAAUCGUCCGAAAACGAUUCCUUGUCUUCAUCAGGAGCAUCUGAAAAUUCUUCCUCGCCUUCAUCAGAAGCAUCUGUAGAUUCUUCCUCGGACUCAUCAGAAGCAUCUGAAAAUUCUUCCAUGUCUUCAUCAGAAGCAUCUGAAAAUUCUUCCAUGUCUUCAUCAGAAGCAUCUGAAAAUUCUACUUCGAAUUCAUCAGAAGCAUCUGAAGAUAAUUCCUCGGCUUCAUCAGAAGCAUCUGAAAAUUCAUCCUUUGCUUCAUCAGAAGUGUCUGAAGAUUCUUCCUCAGGAUCAUCAGAAUCUUCAGAAAAUUCAGCUUUGGCUUCAUCAGAAGCAUAUGAAGAUUCUUCCUCGGCUUCAUCAGAAGCAUUGGAAAAUUCUUACUCUGCAUCAUCAGAAGUGUCUGAAGAUUCCUCCUCCGCUUCAUCUGAAGCAACUGAAAAUUCUUUCUCAGCUGCAUCAGAAGCAUCUAAAAAUACUUCUUCGACUUCAUCAAAAGCAUCUGAAAAUUCAUCAUCGACUUCGUCAGUAGCAUCUGAAGAUUCCUCCUCUACUUCUUCAGUAGUAUCUGAAGAUUCUUCCUCUAAUUCUUCAGUAGCAUCUGAAGUUUCUGCGUCUGCUUCAUCAGACGCCUCUGAAGAUUCUUCAUCUGCUUCAUCAAAAGCAUCUGGGAAUUCUUCCUCGGCUUCAACAGGAAAAUCUGAAAAUUCUUCCUCUGCUUCAUCAGAAGCAUCUGAAAAUUCUUCAUCGACUUCUUCAGUAGCAUCUGCAGAUUCUUCCUCGGCUCCAAAAGAAGCAUCUGAAAAUUCUUCCUCCCUUUCACCAGAAGCUUCUGAAAAUUCUUCCUCUACUUCAUCGGAAGAGUCCGAAAAUUCUUCCUCGGCUUCAUUAGGAAAAUCUGAAAAUUCUUCGUCGAAUUCUUCAGUAGCAUCUGAAGAUUCUGUAUCAGCUUUGUCAGAAGCUUCUGAAGAUUCUUCAUCUGCUUCAUCAGAAGCAUCUGAAAAUUCUUCCUCUCCUUCAUCAGAAGCGUCUGAUUAUUCUUACUCCGCUUCAUCAGAAGCAUCUGAAAAUUCUUCAUCGACUUCUUCAGUAGCGUCUGCAGAUUCUUCCUCUUCUCUAUCAGAAGCAUCUGAAAGUUCUGCCUCUCCUUCAUCAGAAGCGUCUGAUUAUUCUUACUCCGCUUCAUCAGAAGCAUCUGAAAAUUCUUCAUUGGCUUCUUCAGUAGCGUCUAGAGAUUCUUCCUCUGCUCCAUCAGAAGCAUCUGAAAAUUCUUCCUCGCUUUCAUCAGAAGCUUCUGAAAAUUCUUCCUUUACUUCAUCGGAAGAGUCCGAAAAUUCUUCCUCGGCUUCAUUAGGAACCUCUGAAAAUUCUUCGUCGAAUUCUUCAGUUGCAUAUGAAGAUUCUGCCUCUGCUUCGUCAGAGGGUUCUGAAAAUUCUUCUUCGACUUCACCAGAAUCGUCUGAAAAUGAUUCCUCGACUUCAUCAGAGGCAUCUGAAAAUUCAUCCUCUGCUUCAUUAGAAGCGUCUGAAGAUUCUUACUCCGCUUCAACAGAAGCCUCUAAAAAUUCUUCCUCUGCUUCAUCAGAAGUAUCUGUAGAUUCUUCCUCGGGAUCAUCAGAAUAUUCAGAAAAUUCAGCUUCGGCUUCAUCAGAAGAAUCUGAAGAUAAUUCCUCGGCAUCAUCAGAAGUAUCUGAAAAUUCUUCCGCGACAUCAACAGAAACAUCUCCAAAUUCAUCGUCGACUUUAUCAGAAGCAAUUGAAAAUUCUUCUUCGUCUUCAUCAGAAGCAUCUGAAAAUUCUUACUCGGCAUCAUCAGAAGUGUCUGAAGAUUCUUCCUCCGCUUCAUCUGAAGCAUAUGAAAAUUCUUCCUCAGCUGCAUCAGAAGCAUCUGAAAAUUAUUCUUCGUCUUCAUCAAAAGCAUCUGAAAAUUCAACAUCGACUUCUUCAGUACCAACUGAAGAUUCUUCCUCUACUUCUUCAGUAGAAUCUGAAGAUUCUUCCUCUAAUUCUUCAGGAGCAUCUGAAGAUUCUGCAUCUGCUUCAUCAGAAUCUUCUGAAUCUUCGUCGACUUUAUCAGUAGCAUCUGAAAAUUUUUCUUCGACUUCAUCAGAAUCGUCUGAAAACGAUUCCUUGUCUUCAUCAGGUUCAUCUGAAAAUACUUCCUCGCCUUCAUCAGAAGCUUCUGAAAAUUCUUCGUCGACUUUAUCAGUAGCAUCUGAAAAUUCAUUUUCGAUUUCAUCAGAAUCGUCCGAAAACGAUUCCUUGUCUUCAUCAGGAGCAUCUGAAAAUUCUUCCUCGCCUUCAUCAGAAGCAUCUGUAGAUUCUUCCUCGGACUCAUCAGAAGCAUCUGAAAAUUCUUCCAUGUCUUCAUCAGAAGCAUCUGAAAAUUCUUCCAUGUCUUCAUCAGAAGCAUCUGAAAAUUCUUCCAUGUCUUCAUCAGAAGCAUCUGAAAAUUCUACUUCGAAUUCAUCAGAAGCAUCUGAAGAUAAUUCCUCGGCUUCAUCAGAAGCAUCUGAAAAUUCAUCCUCUGCUUCAUCAGAAGUGUCUGAAGAUUCUUCCUCAGGAUCAUCAGAAUCUUCAGAAAAUUCAGCUUUGGCUUCAUCAGAAGCAUAUGAAGAUUCUUCCUCGGCUUCAUCAGAAGCAUUGGAAAAUUCUUACUCUGCAUCAUCAGAAGUGUCUGAAGAUUCCUCCUCCGCUUCAUCUGAAGCAACUGAAAAUUCUUUCUCAGCUGCAUCAGAAGCAUCUAAAAAUACUUCUUCGACUUCAUCAAAAGCAUCUGAAAAUUCAUCAUCGACUUCGUCAGUAGCAUCUGAAGAUUCCUCCUCUACUUCUUCAGUAGUAUCUGAAGAUUCUUCCUCUAAUUCUUCAGUAGCAUCUGAAGUUUCUGCGUCUGCUUCAUCAGACGCCUCUGAAGAUUCUUCAUCUGCUUCAUCAAAAGCAUCUGGGAAUUCUUCCUCGGCUUCAACAGGAAAAUCUGAAAAUUCUUCCUCUGCUUCAUCAGAAGCAUCUGAAAAUUCUUCAUCGACUUCUUCAGUAGCAUCUGCAGAUUCUUCCUCGGCUCCAAAAGAAGCAUCUGAAAAUUCUUCCUCGCUUUCACCAGAAGCUUCUGAAAAUUCUUCCUCUACUUCAUCGGAAGAGUCCGAAAAUUCUUCCUCGGCUUCAUUAGGAAAAUCUGAAAAUUCUUCGUCGAAUUCUUCAGUAGCAUCUGAAGAUUCUGUAUCAGCUUUGUCAGAAGCUUCUGAAGAUUCUUCAUCUGCUUCAUCAGAAGCAUCUGAAAAUUCUUCCUCUCCUUCAUCAGAAGCAUCUGAAUAUUCUUACUCCGCUUCAGCAGAAGCAAAGGAAAACUCUUCAUCGCCUUCAUCAGAAGCAUCUGAAAAUUCUUCCUCUCCUUCAUCAGAAGCGUCUGAUUAUUCUUACUCCGCUUCAUCAGAAGCAUCUGAAAAUUCUUCAUCGACUUCUUCAGUAGCGUCUGCAGAUUCUUCCUCUUCUCUAUCAGAAGCAUCUGAAAGUUCUGCCUCUCCUUCAUCAGAAGCGUCUGAUUAUUCUUACUCCGCUUCAUCAGAAGCAUCUGAAAAUUCUUCAGUAGCGUCUAGAGAUUCUUCCUCUGCUCCAUCAGAAGCAUCUGAAAAUUCUUCCUCGCUUUCAUCAGAAGCUUCUGAAAAUUCUUCCUUUACUUCAUCGGAAGAGUCCGAAAAUUCUUCCUCGGCUUCAUUAGGAACCUCUGAAAAUUCUUCGUCGAAUUCUUCAGUUGCAUAUGAAGAUUCUGCCUCUGCUUCGUCAGAGGGUUCUGAAAAUUCUUCUUCGACUUCACCAGAAUCGUCUGAAAAUGAUUCCUCGACUUCAUCAGAGGCAUCUGAAAAUUCAUCCUCUGCUUCAUUAGAAGCGUCUGAAGAUUCUUACUCCGCUUCAACAGAAGCCUCUAAAAAUUCUUCCUCUGCUUCAUCAGAAGUAUCUGUAGAUUCUUCCUCGGGAUCAUCAGAAUAUUCAGAAAAUUCAGCUUCGGCUUCAUCAGAAGAAUCUGAAGAUAAUUCCUCGGCAUCAUCAGAAGUAUCUGAAAAUUCUUCCGCGACAUCAACAGAAACAUCUCCAAAUUCAUCGUCGACUUUAUCAGAAGCAAUUGAAAAUUCUUCUUCGUCUUCAUCAGAAGCAUCUGAAAAUUCUUACUUGGCAUCAUCAGAAGUGUCUGAAGAUUCUUCCUCCGCUUCAUCUGAAACAUAUGAAAAUUCUUCCUCCGCUGCAUCAGAAGCAUCUGAAAAUUCUUCUUCGUCUUCAUCAAAAGCAUCUGAAAAUUCAACAUCUACUUCUUCAGUACCAACUGAAGAUUCUUCCUCUAAUUCUUCAGUAGAAUCUGAAGAUUCUUCCUCUAAUUCUUCAGGAGCAUCUGAAGAUUCUGCAUCUGCUUCAUCAGAAUCUUCUGAAUAUUCUUCGUCGACUUUAUCAGUAGCAUCUGAAAAUUUUUCUUCGAUUUCAUCAGAAUCGUCCGAAAACGAUUCCUUGUCUUCAUCAGGACCAUCUGAAAAUUCUUCCUCGACUUCAUCAGAAGCAUCUGUAGAUUCUUCCUCGGACUCAUCAGAAGCAUCAGAAAAUUCUUUCUCGGCAUCUUCAGGAGAAUCUGAAGAUUCUUCCACGCCUUCAUCAGAAGCAUCUGUAGAAACUUCCUCCGCUUCAUCAGAAGCAUCAGAAAUUUCUUCCUCGGCUUCAUCAGACGCUUCAGAAGAUUCUUCAUCUGCUUCAUCAGAAGUAUCUGAAAAUUCUUCCUCUCCUUCAUCAGAAGCGUCUGAAUAUUCUUACUCCGCUUCAGCAGAAGCAACGGAAAACUCUUCAUCGCCUUCAUCAGAAGCAUCUGAAAAUUCUUCAACGUCUUCAGCAGAAGCAUCUGAAAAUUCUGACUCGGCUUCAUCAGAUGCAUCUGAAGAUUCUUCCUCUGCUUCAUCACGAGCAUCUGAAAGUUCUUCCUCUCCUUCAUCAGAAGCGUCUGAUUAUUCUUACUCCGCUUCAUCAGAAGCAUCUGAAAAUUCUUCAUCGAUUUCUUCAGUAGCGUCUGGAGAUUCUUCCUCUGCUCCAUCAGAAGCAUCUGAAAUUUCUGCCUCUCCUUCAUCAGAAGCGUCUGAUUAUUCUUACUCCGCUUCAUCAGAAGCAUCUGAAAAUUCAUCAUCGGCUUCUUCAGUAGCGUCUGGAGAUUCUUCCUCUGCUCCAUCAGAAGCUUCUGAAACUUCUUCCUUUACUUCAUCGGAAGAGUCCGAAAAUUCCGCUUCGGCUUCAUCAGAAGCAUCUGAAGAUUCUUCCUCGGCUUCAUCAGAAGCAUUUGAAAAUUCUUACUCGGCAUCAUCAGAAAUGUUUGAAGAUUCUUCCUCCACUUCAUCUGAAGCAUCUGAAAAUUCUUCCUCAGCUGCAUCAGAAGCAUCUGAAAAUACUUCUUCGUCUUCAUCAAAAGCAUCUAAAAAUCCAUCAUCGACUUCGUCAGUAGCAUCUGAAGAUUCUUCCUCUACUUCUUCAGUAGUAUCUGAAGAUUCUUCCUUUAAUUCUUCAGUAGCAUCUGAAGUUUCUGCUUCUGCUUCAUCAGACGCCUCUGAAGAUUCUUCAUCUGCUUCAUCAAAAGCAUCUGAAAAUUCUUCCUCUCCUUCAUCAGAAACGUCUGAAUAUUCUUACUCUGCUUCAUCAGAAGUACCUGAAAACUCUUCAUCGGCUUCAUCAGAAGCUUUAGAAAAUUCUCCCACGUCUUCAAAUGAAACAUCUGAAAAUUUAUCCUCGCCUUCAUCAGAAGAAUCUGAAAAUUCUACAACGUCUUCACCAAAAGCAUCACAAAAUUCUGCCCCGGCUUCAUCAGAAGCAUCUGAAGAUUCUUCCCUUUCUUCAUCAGAUGCAUCUGAAGAAUCUUCACCGGCUUCAUCAGAAGCAUCUGGAAAUUCUUCCACGGCUUCAACAGGAAAAUCUGAAGACUCUCCCUUGGCAUCUUCAGAAGCAUCCGAAAAUUCUUCCACGGCUUCAAAGGAAAUAUCUGAAAAUUCAUCCUCGACUUCAUCAGAAGCAUCUGAAAAUUCUUCUUCGUCAUCAUCAGAAGCAUUUGAGGAUAAUUCAUUGUCUUCAUCAGAAGCAUCUGAAAAUUCUUCUUCUCCUUCAUCAGAAGCGUCUGAAUAUUCUUACUCCGCUUCAUCAGAAGCAGCUGAAAACUCUUCCUCGGCUUCAUCAGAAGCAUCCGAAAAUUCUUCCACGUCUUCAAAUGAAUCAUCUGAAAAUUCAUCCUCAACUUCAUCAGAAGCAUCUGAAAAUUCUUUUUCGUCUUCAUCAGAAGCAUCUGAAAAUUCUGCCUCGCCUUCAUCAGAAGCAUCUGAAGAUUCUUCCUCUACUUCAUCAGGAGCAUCUGAAAAUUCUUCGUCUCCUUCAUCAGAAGCGUCUGAAUAUUCUUACUCCGCUUCAUCUGAAGCAACUGACAACUCUUCCUCUGCUUCCUUAGAAGCUUCUGAAAAUUCAUCCUCUCCUUCAAAAGAAGCAUCUGAAGAUUCUUCCUUGGCUUCAUUAGGAAAAUCUGAAAAUUCUUCGUCGACUUCAUCAGAAUCUUCUGAAAUUUCUUCUUCGACUACAUCAGAAUCGUCUGAAAAUGAUUCCUUGUCUUCAUCAGGAGCAUCUGAAAAUUCUUCCUCGCCUUCAUCAGAAGCAUCUGUAGAUUUUUCCACAGAAUCAUCAGAAGCGUCAGAAAAUUCUUCCUCGCCAUCACCAGGAGAAUCUGAAGCUUCUUCCACGCCUUCAUCAGACGCAGCCGAAAAUUCUUUCACGGCUUCAAAUGAAAUAUCUGAACAUUUAUCCUCGACUUCAUCAGAAGCAUCUGAAAAUUCUUCCACGGCUUCAAAUGAAACAUCUGCAAAUUCUUCCUCAACUUCUUCAGAAGCAUUUGAAAAUUCUUCCACGUCUUCAUCAGAAGCAUCUGAAAAUUCUACCUCGGUUUCAUCAGAAGAAUCUGAAAAUUCUCCUUCGUCAUCAUCAGAAUUAUUUGAAGAUAAUUCAUCGUCUUUAUCAGAAGCAUCUGAAAAUUCUUCCACGGCUUCAAAUGUAAUAUCUGAAAAUUCAUCCUCAACUUCAUCAGAAGCAUUUGAAAAUACUUCUUCCACUUCAUCAAAAGCAUCUGAAGAUAAUUCCUUCACAGAAGCAUCUGAAAAUUCUGAUUCCUCUCCUUCAUCAGAAACGUCUGAAUAUUUUUACUCCGUUUCAUCAGAAUCAACUGAAAACUCUUCCUCGACUUCAUUAGAAUCUUUAGAAAAUUCUUCCUCUCCUUCAAAAGAAACAUCCGAAGAUUCUUCCUUGGCUUCAUUAGAAGCCUCAGCAGAUACUUCCUCGUCUUCAUCAGAAGCAUCUGAAGAUUCUUCCCCGUAUUCAUCAGAAGCAUCUGGAAAUUCUUCCAGUGCUUUAACAGGAAAAUCUGAAAUUUCUUCCUCGGUUUCUUUAGAAGCAUCUGAAAAUGCUACGUCAUCAGAAGAAUCUGAAGAUUCUUUCUCGGAUUCACCUGAAGCAUCUGAAAAUUCUUCCUCGGCUUCAUCAGAAGCAUCUGAAAAUUCUUCCUCCCUUUCAUCAGAAGCUUCUAAAAAUUCUUCCUCUACUUCAUCAGAAGAGUUCGAAAAUUCUUCCUCGGCUUUAUUAGAACCAUCUGAAAAUUAUUCGUCGAAUUCUUCAUUAGCGUCUGGAAAUUCUUCCUCGACAUCAACAGAAAAGUCUGAAGAUUCUCUCUCGGCUUCAUCAGAAGGUUCAGGAAAUUCUUCCUCUGCUUCAAAAGAAGGAAAUGAAGAUUCUGCCUUUUCUUCAUCACAAGUAUCUGAAGAUUCUUCCUCGGAUUCAUCAGAAGCAUCUGAAAAUUCUUCCUCAUCAGAAACAUCUGAAAAUUCAUCUUCGGCUUCGUCAAAAGCAUAUGUAAAUUCUUCCUCGACUUCUUCAGUAGCAUCUAUAGAUUCCUCCUCUGUUUCAUCAGACGCAUCUGAAAAUUCUUCCUCGUCUUUAUCAGAAGCAUCUAAAAAUUCUGUCUCGGCUUCAUCAGAAGCAAUUGAAGAUUCUUCUUUUUCUUUAUCACAAGCAUCUGAAGAUUCUUCUUCUACUUCAAUAGAAGUGUCUGAAAACUCUUCAUUGGCUUCAUCAGAAGCAUCAGAAAAUUCUUCAUCGUCUUCAAAAGAAGCAUCUGGAGACUCUUCCUCCUCUUCUUCAGAAGCUUCUGAAAAUUCUUCCUCUGCUGCAUCAGAAGUAUAUGAAAAUUCUUCCUCGACGUCAUCGGAAUCAACAGAGGUUUCUGCAACUCAGCCUGCUCCUUCUAAACGUGGCGAUACCAGUGUUUCAGAUGAAUCACUGACACCUACUGGUGUAUCAGAUGAAACUACAACUCCAGAUGAUGCAUCGGAUGUAGCAACGUCAAAAGGCAGUGCAUCCGACGAAACCAUGGCACUUGAAGAUUCCGGAUUCUCUGAUUCGUCUUAUUCUUACAGCUAUAGCUCAUCUGAUAGUGACUACGACACAAGUGACAUGUCAUCUUAAAAAGUUCUGUAUUCCUUCUUCUUGCAUAUUUUGCAUUUCUUCAAUGUGAAGUAUGCAUUGUGAAAUUAUUUUUAUUGUUAAGCAUUCAAAUCUUGUUUCCCUUCUGAAUUUUAACGGACAGACCUCAAUGAGUUCAAACCCCUUUUUAGGAAUUAUUCGAAUUAAUUUUCCACCAAAUCGUUUUUUUUUUUUUCCUUUAAAAGAAAUGGAAACAAAACUAGCAGAACUGAGAAAAUAAUAUUAAAAAUCAGUGACUGUGCAUCAGUGAACGAAUCCUUUCCAAAUCAUGGGCGGUUGUUUUCUGUCACGAGUGAUGAGACACGGCACUUAUGCCAUCUCACCCUUAUCCCUCUUUUUCCAACUUCAGGGUGUUAUAUCUGUCAGUUUGAGGUGUUUUUUUUAUGAUGAUUUUACAUAUGUUUACACAGAAAUAAUCUCUCUGGCACUGAGGAUAAUUUACAGAUUAGAUGAGUCCUGCGAAUGGCGAUAUGUUUUCAUGCUAAGAAAAGACUUUAAAGUGCAUGAAAAGGGUGGGCAGAUGUUCAAAAUCAGAUAUUUGAGAGUGCGGAAAAACAGGUUAAUGACUCGAAGUAGUCAGCUUUUUUUGUAUUUUUGAAUAAAUUAAAACCUUUUUAUUGCAUUAUUGAAAUUGAAUUUAAUUGCAUAAGCAUAUUAUAAAUUUGCAUACACAAUUUAUUUUGUGAUGGCUUUUUCAAGCAGAAAAUUUUACGGUUUUUUCCCUCUUACAUGCUUAGAUUUAUUCACAAAUUAAAACCAAAUGUACUCUGUGCCUUAUUUUUUCUUACUGAGUUUCUGAACUUUAACUUAUUAUCCAAAUUUUCGCCUACCAGAAUGUCUUGAUGGCCGUUUAUUCAGUACAAUUGAAGUUCUUCGGAUUGUGAAAUCCUGACUGACCUAUCGGAGUGCAUAUGAUGCAUCAACACGCAAAAGACAAAUAAAUGGAACAUGGACUUAUUGUGUUCGCAUUAAAAUCACUUACAUGCGUCCACUCAAUAUCUACAUUAUUUUUUUUUUAAUUUCACUUUCUAGUAAGAAGUAGGAUAAAUGUGUUUAGGUACUUUUCUAUCAAUAAUAAUUCGGGGAUUGAAAAAAGUUUCAUUAAAAAGGGCAAUUUUACAACUUCAAAUGGUAUCAUAAUAUCAUUUCCAAAAGAAAAGAACAUUAAAUUAAAAAAAAAUCUCAAAUAAAAUUUUAUUUUGUGGCAGUUGCUUUUCAAAAAAUAUUACAAACAUUAUGGUUUAAGAGGACGAAUUUAAGCUUAAGAACUGAAACAAGAUAUUAACUUUGAAUUUAAUAUUCGUUACUUUGUUAUAAAAUUGGAAAUUAUGAUGCCAUUUGUAAUUGUAGAAGAACACUUUUAGAAUAUUUUUUUUUUCGUUCUGUAAAUUCUAACAGAUAGAAAAGUACCUACAGAGAUUUUUCGAAUACUCGUUUUCUUCAACCAUAACAGGCUGCUUUUUUUUAAAAAAAACAAAAUUUAACAGAUUACUUCUCGAAAUAAUAGUCGAUUGCAGAAGGAUAUAUUUGAUGUUAACUGUAUAUAUUCUUUUAAAUCUGUUAAAUUAAUCGUAUCUCUGGUUCGUAUAAUCCGUUUUAAGCGAACUCCUACAACCAAAAGUCACAAGGAGUAAAAUCAGGCAAACAAAAAUUGUGGUAAUUCACAUUCGAAGAACUUUUUUGUAUAUUGUAAAUUAAAAAAAAUCCAUUUGUUAAAAAAUGCUCAAGUUAAAAUGCCAAUUAAAGGAUGUUAAGCAAUCACUUAAGGCAUUUCAAUUUUUUAGGUCUAUUUUACAGUUCAAAAUUUGUCGGAUGGAACACAAUUUAGUGACAAAAAUAUGAAUAAUUUUUAUGAAUGUUCUAUAAUUUAAGUAGCAUGUAUACGAAAUGUCGUUGGAUUUUGCCCAGCACUUUCUCUCAAAUGUAUUUAAACACCUGUAUUUUAAUUCCAACCUCUCUAUAUUUACUCUCACUGAAUUCUGUACUCUUUGAUAGUUGAUUCUUCUAAUUAUCAUUUAAACUCAACUAAUUAUAAAAGAGAAAGAUUUUUAUCAUAAAACUUAAAGGAAUCAUAUGAGAUGAUUUCACUGUGCUGUUUUUCAUAAUUGCUGAAGUUUUUCACAAAAAUAAAGGUACUAAAACAUUCAACAUAAAGACCAAGUUUAAAUAUAAAAUAAAAAUAAUGGGAAAAUGAUUUGCUUUUAUUUAAAUAUACCUAUGCAAAUAAUUUUGAAUGAUAUGUUUUACUUUUUUCAGGAAUGCCAAUUGAGAAUCUGAUUGCCACAUUUUGCAAAU